GAGUUAUCGAAAGUCAUAUUUUUUGUACGGGCGUAAUUAGAAAGCAGUAAUUAACUCAAUUUCCACGUAAUUUCCACAACAAACCAACGUAAACUCGCUCUGCGAAGCGAGCGCCUUUGCAUUUGCCCACCGGAAAAGCUGCCGCAUAAAAACCGAAACUCGAGCGCAGUCACAAAAAAAGUCUUAAAACUACGUCGCCAUUUUUGACACGGCUCCGAAAUCGAAAACACAACACACACACCCAAGAGAAAAAGAGCUGCGCUGCGGAGAGAAGGAAAAAACUAUACGUUUUCGAUACGAUUCGAUUCAUUCGGUUGUGGAUUUGUGCGGUUACGUCUGGGAAUAGUUUAUAUGUAUAUACAUUCAACGGCACGCAUGGGGCAUAGUCGUGAUUAGUGUUAUUAGCCAAGAAUCGGAGAGGAAGUCAGUUGAUUAAGGAGACGACGACGUGUACAGAGCAUCACCCUUAACCCUUACCCUAACCCCCAACUAAACACUAAACACUAUUAUCGGGGCAGAUUCUGUGAUCCUACCGCAAAAGCACAUAAAAUGGCCAAGACCUACGACUAUCUGUUCAAACUGCUCCUGAUCGGUGACUCCGGAGUGGGCAAGACGUGCAUCCUUUUCCGAUUCUCCGAGGACGCCUUUAACACAACGUUUAUAUCCACAAUAGGUAUCGAUUUUAAAAUUAGAACAAUUGAAUUAGAUAACAAGAAGAUUAAGCUGCAGAUAUGGGACACUGCCGGCCAGGAGCGUUUUCGCACAAUUACCACGGCCUAUUAUAGAGGUGCCAUGGGCAUCAUGCUGGUAUAUGACAUAACCCAGGAGAAGUCUUUCGAGAACAUUAAAAACUGGAUUAGGAAUAUCGAGGAGAACGCCUCCGCCGAUGUCGAGAAAAUGCUGCUGGGAAACAAGUGUGAAUUGACCGAUAAACGACAGGUUUCAAAGGAGCGCGGCGAACAAUUGGCCAUCGAGUAUGGCAUCAAGUUCAUGGAGACCUCCGCAAAGGCCAGCAUUAACGUGGAAGAAGCCUUCCUCACCCUAGCCAGUGAUAUCAAAGCGAAAACGGAAAAGCGAAUGGAGGCGAACAACCCACCCAAGGGCGGUCAUCAGCUGAAACCGAUGGACAGUCGGACGAAGGACAGUUGGUUGUCCAGGUGCAGUCUGCUUUGACGUGGCAACGUGCGCUCGGCAUUAAAGCGGCGUGGUGGCAUCGGCUACACGGUAGUGGUUUAUGGUGGUAACUACGAGGUAGUAGUUUCCUUAACUCCUGUUAGGUUCGAGUAAAAGCGGGACCCCGAAAAAGCGGACACUAACUGACAUCUAAAUCAACCUUAAACAUCAAUCAGCAGCCGGCUCUCUUUAACCGAAUAAGCGCGUUAAUGGAAUAGAACACAAAUUGCAUUAUGAAACAGUUAUUAAAUAAAGUAUAUGACGACAGCGUGUACGAAAUAUACAUAGGCAUGAUAAUAUAUAUAUAUAUAUAUAUAUAUUUAUAUAUAUACGUAUAUAACUAAAGUUUAAAGAAGAUAAAACGAUCCAGCGAUAACGUAAAUCGAAGAGCAGCCAAUCCAACCCGCCCGCGUCCUUCUCGAAGAGGUUUUAGUAUUUACGGAAUGAUGAUUUUCUCUAGCAGCCAUGGUUGUCGAUUUGUAAAUUAUUAAUUGUAAAACAAAUAUAUAUGUACUAUGUAUGCAUAUGAUUAGUUGACCUGUCCUUGUUUUGCUCAUUGCUUCUGUGUACUUUCGAUCGAUUCAGAAACCCUUUUGCCAUUACCUUAGGAAUACGGAGGAGGUCCAGACGCACAAUAACCCAAAAUUGUAUAACCCAAUCCGCCUCACACCUCCCCCUUCCUGCCCCUAACUUUAUAACGUAUAAUGUGGUAGUAUCGCACAGAUAAAGGGUGCUUAUUAUAUUAUUAUUCUUCUUAAUCUUCACACACAUUUCAUUCGGUUAGUUUGUAUUCUAUUUAUUUUGUUCUUUGCCGCACACCACAUGACUUUGUCAAUAAAUCGUUACAUCUAAUAAUAAAA